CAGAAAUCAUGAAGACAUACGUGAUUUCAUCUUUAAUUGCGAACGUACUCAUCGUCAUUUUUACUGAACUUUCGGCUCUGCAGAUACAGAAUGAUGCUAAUCAAGCACAACGGGAAAAUUACCAUCCAAUCGCGACGGACUUUUUGGUCAGAUAUUUAGACGAUCAUAAACCGGCCCAAAAAAUAACCGAGACGAAUGAACAAAGUAUUGUCAAACGAAACUUGGACCAAAUCGGUGGUGGAAAUCUCGUACGAAAUAUAGCUUCAAACGACUUUAACGAAUACAAUGAUGAACGUUCGCUCAGAAAUCUCGAUCAAAUUGGUGGUGGAAAUCUUGUUAGAGAUUUAAGCGGCUAUAAGAUCGGUGCAAAACGUAAUUUGGAUCAGAUUGGCGGUGGAAAUCUCGUUAGAAGUCUAUACGAAUCUUCAAGGAAACAAAAAAUGAGAAAAAAUAGAAUGAACGGUCCAAAUUCGAUUAGAUUGAGUAAUCUAGAGAAUUUGUUCAAGUCGAGAAACGAGGCUGACGAUCGUACAAUGCGUAAUCUCGAUCAGAUCGGUGGUGGAAAUCUUGUUAGAAGUUCAAAUACAUUUGGUGCCGGUCUGUUAAGAAAUUUAGAUCAAAUCGGCGGUGGAAAUCUCGUGAGAAAUUUGGAUCAGAUCGGCGGUGGAAAUCUCGUGAGAAAUUUGGAUCAGAUCGGCGGUGGAAAUCUCGUGAGAAAUUUGGAUCAGAUCGGCGGUGGGAAUCUCGUUCGUGACGUUGAUCGUUUCUACGAUUGUGUAACGGAUGAACAUAAUCAGGACAACGUUGGUGGUAGCCAUUUGUUACGAUCAACUCGUCAUAAUGCUGAUUUUUAUCCUGGUCUGGUUUAUGAGAAACAACGAUAUUUUCCAUUGAGGAGACCUUCGAUAUUGAAUUCGCGUAUUGCUGAUCACGAAGAGAUCUAUCCACUCGUAUUCGAUCGUUUAGGCAAGAGAAAUAUCGACGAGAUCGAUGCAAACGUGUUCGACAACUUCUACAAAAGAAAUUUUGAUGAGAUCGAUCGUGUCGGAUGGAGUGGAUUCGUUAAGAGAUUGAGUGAUUACCUGAUCAAACAGCAGCAACAGCGACAACAGCAAGAACAACCUUAAAUUAUCAAACUAGACACAUCAUCGGUAUAAUUUUUUAAUUUAUAUACUUUGAUUUAUAUUAUAUCUUAAUUUUCUUCUAAAACAUCUCUAACAUGAUAUUAUAAUAAUUUAUGUAGAUAUUAUUAGGUAGAUAUUAGUCUUACAUCAAUAUAGACAUCAAAUAUAAAACAGAGAUGUUAAAGAGAAUAAAGAAUAAAGAUGUGUCUAAUCAUUAGUAAAAUUUCAUAGUAGAAAUCGAUGUAAAAGUAUAUAUAGCUAAAUGUAAAUUAUGAAUCUCUUUUUUUCUUUUUAUUUACGUUACAAGAUUCCCCUCGAAGAAUCGAAGAUGAAUACACUCGACUGAUUAAAAAAAUUUUAUUUGGGGAUUGAUAUAUGUCCCGUUUAAAAAACAUAAGUACAAAAUUAUAUUUCGAGGAUAUCAUUGCGUAGAUUAGAAUCGUGUUACAAUGACGUCAUUGAAACUUUUUUUGUCAAAUAUCUGAAGUAUUGAUAUUUUAAUUAAUUCCUUCUUUAUGUAUGCUUUGUGAAUAUUGUCAAAAUGUAACACAAAUAAAAGGAUUAUAUCUGA